UGACUGGUACUUGAAGGUGUAGAUGGAUAUGGCGAGAGGCUGCUGCAUUGGUGCAUCCGUUUCGCUGGUCGACUUCCGAGAAGCCGUCAAAGUCUGAUGGAUGACCAAAAACUGAUGGAAGCUUUGAUUUUGACUGGUACGCAUGGUUGAAUUUGAAGGUGUAGAUGGAUAUGGCGAGAGGCUGCUGCAUUGGUCGACGUCCGAGAAGCCGUCAAAGUCAUCGCUUCUUUAGUUAUUAAGUCGUUAAAUAUGCGAACAAUCAACAACUGCGAUCUAGAAGCAGCAGGAGUGGGUCAAUCCGGAGAAGCAGCUUCUCGAGACCAUAAAAGGGGCGGCUUUGUUUGCCUUCCUCCAGCAGUACCGCCGCCGAAUCGGAAGGAGCAGGGUUUGGGGCUACAACGAUGGCAUCGCAGUCCAGUUCAAAUAAGCUUCAUGAGCCUCUUGUAGUGAAGGGAGCAACUCAACCAACCAAGUUACUUUUACUUGGUGGCAAUGGUUUCAUUGGCACAGAAAUUUGCAAACUGGCUUUGGAUCAAGGCUUAUCUGUUUCAAGUCUUAGCAGGUCUGGAAGGUCUUCAACACGUGAGCCUUGGGCUGAUAAAGUUGAGUGGCACAAAGGGAACCUUCUUGAACCUGAAUCUUUGAAGGGGGCUAUGACUGGUGUCAGUGUUGUGAUAUCUCUGGUUGGAGGAUUUGGAUCCUAUGAAGAAAUGAUACAGAUGAAUGGGACUGCAAACAUCAAUGCUAUAAGAGUUGCUGCUGAAAAAGGUGUGGAAAGAUUUGUAUUUGUAUCAGCUGCUGAUUUUCGUGCGGUGGAAGGCCUUAUUCGAGGAUAUCAUGAGGGAAAGAGAUUAGCUGAAGCAGAACUGAAGUCGAAGUUCCCCGAAAAAUGCGUAAUUCUCAGGCCGGGUUAUGUAUAUGGAACGAAGCAACUUGGGAGUAUGAAGCUACCAUUAUGGCCAGUCUUUGCGCCAUUUGAGAUGGUUCUUCAGCAUUUUGGGCCUCUCUACCGUCUGCCGCUUGUGGGCCCUUUCUUCACACCUCCGAUUAGCGUUGCUGCAGUCGCAAAACUUGCACUGAGAGGUGCUACCGAUCCAGCAUUUCCUCAUGGCGCGAUAGAGAUUCAUGACAUGAUCCGAUUGAGCAAACAAAAGUGAUGUGCUUUUGCUAGUGUGAUUCAGAAAACCGAGCAAAGACAGGUAGUGUAUGUCUCGAAUUGUUGUGUUCUUCUCGAAUUGUUGUUGUGUGGAUCAAAAUGGAGCCGAAAACUAUUCAACUUCAAAGUAUCAUUCCAAAUGUUAUUGAAGAGAUUGUUGUGAAAGUACUAAUAAAACUCAUAGAAUUGAAUUGAGCAUUUA